AUGCAACUGAAGAAGGCUGCUGAAGCUCCAAGAACCAAAGCAACUGGAAAGAGGGCUCUCACUGAAGCAGAAGAAGCCCAAUAUGAGAAACGUACUCGUAGGAAGCUGCUAGUAGAUCCUCCUGCUCAGAAGCUAAUGGCGGGUGCUUUCAAAUCUGCACGUACUCGUAGGAAGCUGCUAGUAGAUCCUCCUGCUCAGAAGCUAAUGGCGGGUGCUUUCAAAUCUGCUAGUGGAGGGGAAGAGCAAGAAUCAGCUGUUGCAAGUCGCCCUGAUCGUGCCGAUCCUCACUCUGGGGGAUCUACAUUUUCUGAAGGAUUUUCCCCUCACCGUCCCUUGGAUCAAGCAGAGGGUGGAGAUGAAUUCCCAAGUGGGGAUAUGGGGGCUUCUCCUGCAACGGAUCCCGAUAUCUCACCAUUUCCAGAUCAAACUCUUGGUGCUGCUUCUUCACCUGCAGGGGUACUGUCUACAACGUCUCCGUCUGAAGGGGUUAAACUGCCUACAGAUGAAAUGGCGACAGAUGAAUUUGCAAAUCUUAAUGAGAGUCAGUCUCCCGCUUCCUCUAUACUACUGCCACCUUCGGGGACUAAUAUUCCGAGUCCCACGACUGGCCGGCUGACACAAGUGGAUACGACCGCGAGCUCUCCUGGACUUUCAGCUGCUGACGAUGACGAACCAUUAGACUAUGGGAGCUCGUCUCACCAUGAUGAUGAUGCUGAUGAGGAUGACACUGACGAUGACGAACCAUUAGACUAUGGGAGCUCGUCUCACCAUGAUGAUGAUGCUGAUGAGGAUGACAGUGAUGAUGAUGACUUUUAUGAUUGGGCGCAUCAACCACCACCACCUCCUGACAAGGCGUCUGGUUAUCUUCCUUUUUACCCUACUGGUUCUCCAACUCCUGAGGCUGCUGGUACGCCAUCGUCUCUCCACCCGCAAGCAGCAGACGUUUCCCCCUUCGAAUCAAUGUCGGUGACGACAAGUUCUUUACCAGAAGAACCUCUUUCGCUGACGAUUCCUCUCAAACCUGUGGGAACGGAGAUCGUGCUAAGCUCAACCCAAAAAGGGGCACUCAUGGCUCUACCUUCCAGUCCCUCGCAAUUGGAUAUCACCAUAGCUUCUCCGACUUCUUCACGAUCAUCACCCACUGCUUUUGCAUCAGGGUCUAUGCUUUUAGGCUCCCCAUCGACAUCUCCGAUGAAGUCUCUAAGUCCAGUGGCCAUCCCUUCCAUUCUAAAAGCUCUUCUACGACCGUUGGAAGAUAUGAUGAAGAUAGCGAUUGAGGAGAUCAGUGCUGGACGAGCUUCAUUCGACUUUUUCAAACCAAUACUCAUGAACUCUUUGAACAACGUUCGAUAUGUGGAUGAUGCUCGAUUGUUCCAGCACUGCUCUGAAGGCAUCUCUCGGUUGGAAAAAGAUCUGAGAGCUUUGGAGGAAUUGCAUCAGGCUGAUCUUGCUGCUCAGGCUGCGUUAGUCUUUGGUAAUCUUCAAGCUGAGGCGGCCCGCCAAUACGAAUCUUUUCAAGAAGCCAUUACUGAAAGGGAACUUAAAAUUGCAUCCGUACAGGGGCAAUGCAUUCAGAAGCAACAUGCUGUGGACGCUUCUGGUGCUGCUAUACUUAGAUCCCGGCUCGUGUAUUUCACUUUUACUGAGGCUUAA